CGUUUUCUUACAACCCAAGUUUUAUGGAAAGUGUCUUUUGCGAUCAGAACAACAAACAAAAGAGCCACAAAUCAUUUUGAUCGAGAGAUUCUUCUAAUCUUCUUCUUCUUCAAUCAUUUCACUGUAAGGAUCGUUCGUUAUUCCAAUGUCGAAGCAAUCAUACAAAGUCUGUUUCUGCUUCCGUCGGAGGUAUCAGCACACGGUGUCGGUCGCUCCGCCUGAGAUCAAGACCGUUUUCGACAAUUAUUCCGACAAAGGGCUAAUGACUGUCGAUCUUCUCCAUAGGUUUUUUGUCGAUUUUCAGAAACAAGAUCAAGCGACGAGAGAGGAAGCUCAAGCGAUCGUCAAUGCCUCAUCUUCUCUUCUUCACCGGAAUGGUCUCCACCUUGAUGCUUUCUUCAAAUACCUCUUCGGUGUCAAUAACUCUCCUCUUGCUUAUCAUGAGGUGCAUCAAAACAUGGAUGCUCCAUUAUCACAUUAUUUCAUAUAUACAGGGCAUAAUUCGUAUUUAACCGGAAAUCAGCUGAGUAGUGACUGCAGUGAGAUACCUAUAAUAGACGCAUUGAAGAAAGGUGUCAGGGUUAUUGAAUUGGAUCUUUGGCCAAACUCUGAUGAAGAUGGUAUCGAUGUUCUUCACGGAAGGACUCUUACAUCACCUGUGGAGCUGAUCAGAUGUCUAAGUGCAAUUAAAACGUACGCCUUUGAUGUAUCUGAUUAUCCAGUUGUUGUAACUCUUGAAGAUCAUCUUACUCCAAAACUCCAGGCUAAAGUUGCUGAGAUGGUUACUGAAGUAUUUGGAGAAAUGUUGUUUGCUCCUCCUCCCGGAGAAUGCUUAAAGGAUUUCCCAUCGCCGGCGUCUUUGAAGAAGCGUAUUAUCAUCUCAACAAAACCUCCAAAAGAGUACAAGAAAGCAAAAGAUGAGGACGUGGUGAAGAAAGAUAAGACUUUGGGUGAUGAUGAAGUUUGGGGGAGAGAAGUUCCAAUCUUUACUCGGAAGGAGACAAGUGAUGACAAGAAUGAUUCAAAUGAAGAUGAUGAUGACGAGGACGAUGAUGAUGAUGAUGAUGAGGAAGGAGAUAAGUUUAAGAAGAAUACACCACCAGAGUACAAGAAUCUGAUUGCAAUUCAGGCAGGGAAACCGAAAGGUGGAAUGACUGAAUGUUUGAGAGUGGAUCCUGAUAAAGUAAGACGGCUUAGCUUGAGUGAAGAACAACUCGAAAAGGCCUCAGAAAAAUAUGCCAAACAGAUUGUGAGGUUUACUCAGAGGAAUUUGCUCCGGAUUUACCCAAAAGGAACUAGAAUUACUUCAUCAAACUACAAUCCUCUUGUAGGUUGGAGCCAUGGUGCUCAAAUGGUGGCUUUCAAUAUGCAGGGACAAGGAAGAUCAUUGUGGGUAAUGCAAGGAAUGUUUAGAGCCAAUGGAGGAUGUGGAUACAUCAAGAAACCUGAUAUUCUGCUGAAACCCGACUCUGUGUUUGACCCGGAAGCUACAUUACCUGUAAAAACAACACUAAGGGUAACUAUAUAUAUGGGAGAAGGCUGGUACUAUGACUUUCCUCACACACACUUCGAUCGAUAUUCUCCACCUGACUUCUAUGCAAGGGUGGGGAUCGCUGGAGUCCCAGCGGAUACGGUAAUGAGGAAGACGAAGACGUUAGAGGAUAAUUGGGUACCAGCUUGGGACGAGGUUUUUGAGUUCCCAUUGACGGUUCCAGAGCUUGCUCUUUUGCGUAUAGAGGUGCAUGAGUAUGACAUGUCGGAGAAAGAUGAUUUUGGAGGCCAAACAUGCUUGCCGGUUUGGGAACUGAGGCAAGGAAUACGUGCUGUUCCUUUGCGUAACCAAGAUGGGGUCAAGUGUAGAUCCGUGAAGCUUCUUAUGCGGUUGGAGUUUGUGUGAGAGUAUAAGAAAUGUUUUCGGUUUUAAGCACUUUAAACCGGUUCUGGUACAGUUUAGUCAACUGAGUUUGUGAUUUCGGUUGAUGGGUGUUUGGUUAUAGUGAGAUUGUUCCGUGUUGGUUUUUGUAAUGUUGAGAUGUGGGUAAAAAUGGUGAAAAACUCCAUGAGAUUACUUAACCCAUUCCAAUCCAAAACCCUAAUGGGUGAAAGGUUAAUGGGUCAUGGAUCAAUCCAAUCCAUUUUAUAACCUAAAAUUAUUGGGUUAAACAA